ACUGCGUAAGUGGUUUGGGCUUCCGGUUGGUGCAUUUCCUUCACCGUCCUGCAGGUGGCAGCAUUUUUUGUUCACUUUGUGGCUUUUCGUUGACUGGCGUUCGGUUGCUAUGGAAAUAAGAGUAUCAACGGGACGAUUCGUUGCAGAAAGGAUUUGCAAAGAAACGAGAGAAACUACUCCAAAAAAAAGGUGUGCUAAGCAAAUAGCACCAUUCUCAAGAAGACUGGAUUAAAAAAUCCUCAAUGUCAAUAUGUCCAGACACACUGGAUGCCAAAGCACCCUGGUUGCGGACAGCAGGAGACUGAGGAGGAUCAUCGCUGAGAAUCCAAACUGGUCCUUGGGCCUUAUUCCCUACUUAUCAAACUUAUGCUUGGAUUGCAUUGUGAAAAACUUUGAGGGAACCCCCAUCUAUGAGGAGCUCGGACCCAGCCAGAAAGACUUUGUGCAGGAAAGACUGUCACCAUCACUGCCCCUUCCUGUGACCGCCAACUUGAUCGGCGACGGCGUCUACUGGAGACGAUGCUGUGAGCAGCGGUGGGACAUUUGUGACGUGUCUCAUUACGGCCACAGCUGGAAGCGGAUGUUCUUCGAGAGGCACCUGGAAAACAUUAUCGAGCGUUUCAUUCCAGAGACGACCCACACAAGGACGGUGACAGAGUUCAUCCCUCUGUGCGAGAGGUACGUGAAGAGGCUGGACAUCUCCCAGAUGCUACCACCUGUCAAAGAAUCCAAGCCGGGGAAACACGGAGAGGAAGUGGACUUGCUGAGCGAACCCGACUCGGAUGCUGCUCUCAUGGAACACUUUGACUUCCGUCAUCUUCUGGACAAGCUGGGAAGCCUGGAGGAGUUCCACUUGACCUACUGGGUCAAACAGUGUGGAAUGAACUUCGAAUGGAGGAUGUUUGAGAUGGCGGAACGGGACUGUGAGACUCUCUCCAUGGCGCUUGAAUCCUGCAAGACCUUGAAGGUCUUACGACUCUAUGAAAGCCACAUUGACGAUCAUAAGUGCAAGAUGCUGGUCUGCUACCUUGUGAACCACCCCUCCCUGACGGAGCUCAACCUUUCACAUAACAUCAUCGGCGACAGGGGGGCCAAGGCGGUCGGCAAGCUGCUUCAAUCCAGCAAACUGGAAAUCCUCAACCUGAGCGACAACCUCAUUCAAGACUCGGGAGCCGGCUCCAUCGCUGCCGCCCUGUCCAAAAACUGUCCUCUUUUGUCCCUCAACCUGCGCAUCAACCGCGUGGGCGAUGACGGCGGUCAGGCCAUCGGCGCGGCCUUGCUGAACAACACGACCUUGCGCCACCUGCACCUGGGGGCCAACAUGAUGACCGCGCCCACUGCCGUCACUCUAUCGGAGGCACUGGCGAAAAAUCGAACCCUGAAGAGCAUCAACCUCUCCUGCAACAAACUGGGUGUGGAUGGAGGAAAAGCUCUAGAGGAGGCCAUAUCCCAAAACAGUUCCUUAACAGAAUGUGAUAUCCGACUGACUGAGAUCGACGAGCAGAGCGCCGCCAUCAUCAACAAGGCAGUUUGGACCAAUGAGAGAUCAGAAGGAAAGAAAGAAACACAAGAUAUUGAGGAACCAAAUCACUUUUCUGACAGUCCUCAUCAGGGUACACAACAUCAAGACACAGAAGAAGAAGAAGAAGAAGAAGAAGAAGUAGUCCAAGAAGACGCAGUAGGUCAAGAAGAAGAAGUAGUAGUUCAAGAAGCAGAAGAAGUUCAAGAAGGUGAAAAAGAAGAGGAGGAGGAAGAAGAAGAAACUGCAGUUAAUGCUUAAAAAAUAAUGGAUGGCUCCAUAAAGGGUUAGUGCUUUAUGAAUCUAUUAGUUUCUUUUAUAUCAAAAAUGUUUUGGUCUAGCUGAUUGCAGAUGGAGGCUCGACUGUCAAGUAGCGUAAAAUCCAAAACCAUUUUACUUCAUGUUCUCGAGGUACAAAACUUGGGCUAUGUAGUAUAACUCAAGAGUGAUCAGCAUACAGCUUGCACAGUUGUGUAUACUUAAUAUCCUUAAAUAAAUAACAAAAAAUAAAUAAUAAAUAAGUAAAAAAUAAUUUCUAAAAAUAAAUAACUCAAAAUAAUAAAUAAGUAAAAAUAUUUUUUAA